AUGAGAAUGGGCUAUGUCAAUGGUCUGGUUUGCAUACGCAACUAUAUCGAUAAGGAUAUUUCUUAUAUUGCUUUGUGGAACCCGUCAAUUCAAAAGCUGAAGAAAAUUCCCAUUAGAACACAUGAACCACGUGCACAGCAAUCACCAAAAUCAGAGAUGUUGGAUAUAUAUGGAUUCGGGUACGAUUCAACCACUGACGACUAUAAAUUAGUGGGGAUUAUUAGGAAGCCUGCUAAUGAGUAUGAAGUCAGUGUUUAUAACCUAAAAGCCAACUCAUGGAAAAGGAUCCAGAACAUGCCUUGCAGUGGUUUUUCGUUAUGUAACAAUCACAUGGUAUUUUCAAGGGGCGCUCUAAGUUGGCUCAUGUGGAAAAAGUUACACCGUGAACGUCAGUACAUGAUCGUAACCCUUGAUCUGGCCAGUGAGAAAUAUCGGGAGUUUCCCAUCCCAGUGGAUAGGAUUGAUGAAAUUGAAAAUUCUAUGCUGGAAUUGGAUGCCUUGGGAGACUAUCUGUGUAUUUGUGUCAAUCGUUUCAUGAAUCGAUGUGAGGCUUGGAUUAUGAAGGAAUAUGGAGUGACAGAAUCUUGGAGCCUGCUUUAUUCUAUUGACACGGUUUAUUCUAUUGACAUGCUUUAUGCUGCGGAGUUUCAGACCUACAAACCUGUGGUGUUUUCAAAGAAUGGCAGAACGGUUCUUUUGAAGAUGAGCAAAAAUUUCAAGUCCGAUAGUCUUGUUUGGUAUGAUUUAGAGAAAAAGAGUUUCAAACAAGUUGAAAUUAGUGGGCUGCCCGGUGUAUUCAAUUUCCAACCAACCAUUUGCUGGGGGAGCCUUUGUCUUCUUGAUGGCGAUCCUGUUAUUGUUUAGAGGCCAGCAGCAAGUCCCCUCUACCUCUGAGAAGAGGAAAACUUCAAGCAGUGAAGGGUUUCUCGAUCUGUAGUCAACGCCCAAAAAAAAAAAGGAUGAUGAUGAGAAUUAGGGAGAAAAGUAGUUCACUGGCGCAACA